UGAACAUUCAAAAAUGUCUCUUCAUUCCUCAUUUGGCUAUGAUAGCCUUAGGUCAGUUAUUUUUGCAAAAGCCAUAAAAGAAUGCGAAAGUAAUAUUUUAAUUUUUAUAGUAAUAGAAAUUUAAAAUGAGCAUUAUUUAUCUGAGACCAGUUCUGAUAUUAAGAGUAACAUCUCUUCAGAUUCAGAAAAACACUUAUUUGAUAAGUAUUUCAUUAAAUCUAUUAAUUAGGGAAUACAUUAUGGAAUCUGCUGAAUCCUUAAUGACAUUCAAUAAUCAAUAAUUUUCUCUCUCUUAAUUUAAUACUCAACAAUGAUUAAACAUUU